AGUAGGCAUUAGUCGUCAUUUUGUAGUCGUGCACGCCGGUCGCGCUGUCGAUGUCGGGUGGGUGGUCUUGAGUGAUUAGUGGCAUGUGAUAAAUAGUUUCUCAUUGAAUAGAAAACAGUUAAGUGAAGGACGAGGAGAGGAGGAGACGAAAGAUACAGUUUCAAGGAAGAGUGAAAAUAAUCGUUUGUGCCACAGGAAGCCCCACACACACACACGACGCAGUUCUUUACAGUGUCCAUUGUACUAAAGCGUGCAUGGGAGCGACAAGGACGCGAGGAUCCUUUUGCAAAGCAACUUCACUAGGGCAAAAGGGGUGGUGGAUGGCGGCAGCGGCGGUAAUGUAGAGUUUAAAAAGCAACGGGAUUCAAGCGUGCAAGGCUGUCCGCGGAGGGGAGAGAGUGUUACCCGCGACGCCGGCACAAGUUCAACUCAAAACCGUAGUCGGCCGCGGUCAUCGUAAGGCUUCAGGGGCGCGCGCGCUGUCGCACCCAUAGAGUUUGACCGGUGGAUGCAAAUUUUUCAACCGAAGAAAACACUGGCGAUCAAUCUUGCAUUCGUUCCGUUUCUGUCCUCUUCGCGCCAGCAGAGCGGCGCCCGUGCACGUGUAUCUCGCAAUCACACAAGCACGUGCUGCAGGCGCUUUCUUAGUGGUGGUUUCGCGCAAAGUCGCGCCACUCUCCAGAACUCAGCUCGCACAAAUGUGCGCCGGUCCCCGCGGAAAGAAGUCAGUAGAGUAAUGCGAUUACUUUCGUGCAGUCGUGGUGCUGGUGGUGGUGGUUCCGUGGACCGCGAUAAUGAAGCCGGCAACGCUAACGGUGGUAGUGAAAGUGAGAAUGGUGAGCAGCCCGUGGCCGCAGGCACAGCAGACCGGCGAAGAAAACCGAGGCGCAAAUUGAUAUACACAGUGGUGACGUUUGCGGUAAUGGGCAUGAUCGGUUGCAUGGUGAACGUCGUGUUUGGAGCAAUGUACACCUCAGGCAAUGAGUCCUCCACCGAGGGCCUUCUCUAUCCGAUUGAAUCGGAAACUCGCGAAAUGAAGAAGCUGGACGGUAUGUGGAACUUUGUGCGCUCGGAAAGCAACAACCCAUCGCAAGGUAUCCGGGAGAAGUGGUACACGGACGAUCUGGCCCGGUUUCGCAAAACGAUCCAGAUGCCCGUGCCGAGCAGUUACAACGACGUCACGGAGGAUGCGGGCCUGCGCGAUCACGUCGGCACGGUGUGGUACGAUCGCAAGUUCUUCGUCCCGAGGGCAUGGUCCAAGGGUGAUGAUCGCGUUUUCCUGCGGUUCGGUUCUGUGCACUACUCUACAAUUGUGUGGAUCAAUGGAGUUCAGGUGAUGACCCACGAGUUUGGACAUCUUCCGUUUGAGGCCGACGUGACGAAGGCGCUUAAAUACGGCGCCGAGAACCGCAUUACCGUGCUGUGUGACAAUGUGCUGCUUCAGGUGACGGUUCCACAGGGCAAGGUCGACAAUCAGGCGAUUGACAACGGUGUGGAAUUGGUCCAGUCGUACACGUUCGACUUCUUCAACUACGCAGGUAUCCAUCGGUCGGUUGUGCUGUACACGGUGCCGCGGGUCUACAUCCGCGAUGUAGUCAUCCACACCAGCUACGAAGGAGAUGAAGGCCGGGUGGACUACCAGGUCACGACCAGUACGAACGAAACCGACCAUCUGCUGCUGAAGGUGAAGCUGUACGAUCGCAACGGCACGCUCGUCAGCAAGGACGAAUCGGAGGCGAAACUGCAGGGCACGGUAGUUGUGCCGCAGGUGCAGCUCUGGUGGCCAUAUCUGAUGCAUCCCGAGCCGGGCUAUCUCUACACGAUGGAGAUCACUCUCGGGAAAGCACAAUCAAACGAUGCGCCUACCGAUGAGAAGGAAGAGGAUACGGUGCUGGAUGUGUACCGGUUCAAGGUUGGCAUCCGUACGCUCGAGUGGAACAACAGUUCGUUCCUAAUCAACGGGAAGCCUAUUUACUUCAGGGGAUUUGGACGCCACGAAGAUUCGGAUAUACGUGGCAAGGGAUUAGAUUUAGCGCUUCUAACCAAAGAUUUCAAUCUGCUCAAAUGGGUCGGUGCCAACGCGUACCGAACGUCCCACUAUCCCUACUCGGAGGAAAGCAUGCAGUUUGCCGACGAGCACGGUAUCAUGAUCAUCGACGAGUGUCCUAGCGUAGACACGGAGAAUUUUUCACAGAUCCUGCUGGAAAAGCACAAAUCCAGCAUCGAGCAGCUUAUCCAUCGGGACCGUAACCAUCCGAGCGUGGUGAUGUGGUCGAUCGCCAAUGAACCUCGCACGGGCAAGAUGGUCGCGAGUCCUUACUUCGAGGCCGUGGCGCAGUACACGAAAAAGCUGGACCCGACGCGUCCCAUAACGGCCGCCAUUGCCGUGAACGUAAAUGAUGAUGUUGCGGCACAAUACCUGGACAUUGUCAGCUUCAACCGGUACAACGCGUGGUAUGCCAACUCCGGGAAGCUCAACAUGAUCACCAACCGUGUCAUCGAAGAGGCGGAAGCAUGGAACAAAAAACACAAUAAGCCGGUCUUGAUGUCGGAGUAUGGUGCCGAUACGCAGGAAGGACUUCAUACGGUACAUAAAAUUAAAAAAAAAAAACACUGUUAUUUUUUAAACUACUACGAAUUCAAAACUCACAUUCACAGCUUCCUGCCUACAUCUGGUCCGAGGACUACCAGACGCGUGUCUUCAGCCAGCACUUCAAGGCGUUCGAUGCGCUGCGCAAGCAGAACUUCUUCAUCGGCGAGUUUGUGUGGAACUUUGCCGACUUCAAAACGGCGCAAAGUAAGGCUAAAACUCGCUCAAACCCGGACGGAGACGGUUCCCUGCAGCUUAAACGGUCAAUGUUUUCCCUUUCAUCUUUACAGCGUACACACGUGUCGGGGGCAACAAGAAGGGCAUUUUUACUCGCAACCGGCAACCGAAGGCGGCCGCGUAUCUGCUGCGCCAGCGGUACCACGCGCUGGGCGAGCUGGGCAAGAGUCACCUGCCGGACGAUCUGUUCCUGUACACGGCCCCCGAGAACAGCCAGCUAUCACAUGAGAAGACGGAACUGUAGAGAAAGAGAGAAUGAGUGAGCGAGUGAGUGAGUGUGUAGCUGCCAUUAACGCCAAACAACCCACUUACAAUUGGUUUAGAGUUAUGCACGAAACCCUGAAGUAUUGGACAAUCGUUUUGCGUUGUUCCGCUAUUAUUUCUCUAGCAUCUAGCUGUUAAGUGUUACUACGGAACUAUUUCUGGACUGAUAAUGCAAUGAAAUAUUGUGGAAUUUA